AUGACCACUGACUUUCACAUAACCGUAAAGCCCAUUUUAUUUUUAUCCAAGUGUAUGGGAUUAAUUGAUAUUUCAUAUACCGUUGAACCGUCUGGAUUAUUGGUUCGGAAUAAAAACUCAAAUGUUCACAGAUUACUAGAAAUAGCACAUAUUAUUGUGUUGUUGAUAUGCACCUAUAUAUAUAUUAAUCAAUAUGGGAUAGAACUGCAUAUCCUUCAAAUUGUAAAUAUUAUUCAACUUUGGAGUACCAUUAUUUCAGCCAAACUAUCAACAAUAUGGAUAAUCAAAUUUAUUAAUGGUAUCAUUGAGUUUGAUCGAAAAAUUACACCACUUACAACAAAUUUGUUAAUCCCACAGCGGUCAUGGACAAAAACACAUUGGAAUACGAUUUUUACUUCGUUGUUCGCAUACUUUAUUGGAUUUAAAUUCUUACAGAUGUAUUUCCAUUCCUUUAAAUUAAGAAGCAUUGUGAUAUUGACACAGCGUGUUAUAUUCACUGCACCAUUUGUUAUGGAUUAUGUAGUGACGAUAACUUCGUGUUUCUUUCUUCAAAAUAUGUAUGGUAGAUACCAGACGUUAAACGAUCUCUGGAAAUGUCUACCUGCCGACUUAGUCCCCAUCUCCGACCAAUGGACACAUAUCAAAAUUGUGGUUUUUAUGGAAAACAUGCGGCUGCUACACGCUGAACUUUGCGAUUUGUUGAAAAUGUUUACUCUAGGUUACGGCCCAAUGCUUUUGAGUUUCUUCAUAUUUAGCUUUAUCAAUAUGAUUUUAAGUAUUUAUUUAUUUUUCAACCAUGGAAUAUUAUCCAGCUCUUAUUCAACCAACAAUUAUUCACAGUUAUUACCAUUGAUGGUCAAUGCCCAAAUCAUCACGUUUCUGAUGUCUAUUAUCGUUUUCGUUUCAUUUAUAAAUGAGAAGAGAUUGAAAAUGAUAUCAUAUUUAAGAUUAUAUCGAAUUUCAAAUUUACACUUUGACAUAAAACGACAGAUCAAAAUGUUUAUGAAUCAAAUAUCAGUUUGUGAUUCGGACCGAAUUUCGGCAUUUGGGUUUUUUGAAAUCAAUUUAAAUCUCAUUAUAUCUAUUCUGGUAUUAUUGAUUAGUGGAAUAAUCACAUUAAUACAGAUGAAAGAUCACCCAAUGAUAUUGAAAUUAAACAAUGAUACUAUUUCCUUUAUACUCCUAAGAAAAUUUAGUUAACUGAAUAGUUUAUU